AUGUCUUUCCCAUUUUUUGUCGUGGCCUAUGAGCCAGGUUAUGACACAGUUCCACCAUCCUCUCUUACUUUGAAUAGUGCCAUCAGUGAGAUCAGAAAUACAAAGAUAGCUGACAGUGGAAACUACACCUGUGAUUUUCCAAAGAUUCAACCAAGACAAACCUUCUACAUUGAGCUUGUUGUUGGAGCAGCUCCAAAGCCGUACAUCAGGACACUGAAUGCCACAGAGUACAGGGCUCUGCUGCAGUGUGAGGUUAAAGGUGCUUCUCCUAAACCUAAAGUAGAGUGGAAGGACAGUGCUGGAAACAUCCUUCCUGCUGAGGAGCCACAGGUCUCAGACAGAGGAGGACGUUACUACGUUACCCUCCUCACCACUGUGACCAAGACCGACCACUACCACUGUGUAGUCACACAGGAGGAAAUCCACCAUCAGACUCAUUCUGAGACCUACGUGUUCAUCAAUGGUGAGAUUUCUUUCUUCGUGUGUCAACGAUCCUCCCCUGCGGUGAUUAAAGCUGAUUACUGCUGUGCACAGGGUGUGGGACUGCUCCUACACUGGACUGAGAGCAGCUUGGUGACCCCCCACCCCAUCUAG